AUGAGCAAGGACGUGGAUUACAGCGACGGCAAGCUUGCCGACGCUGAAGCCCUGGUGCAGGGCGUCGACACCGGCGAUGAUCUGGACCAGCACCCCGGGCAUGGCGCCCCUGCUUCUGAGGUCUCCCAGUCGCCGCUGUGGAAGAAGCUCAUCUGGGAGGGCGGCUUCCCCUUGGACGGCUUCCUGACGGCGGCGUCGGCGCAGGUCAUCCUCAACUUGCCCAACAGUAUGGCCAAGCUCUCCCUGGUGGGGGGCAUAUUCACCCAAGUGGGGUGCGCCGCGUUUGCGGUCUACACCCUCUUCCUGCUGGUGGCGCUGUACCACGAAUACAAGAGGGACGAGGUGCGCAAGGGCACGUGGUACAACAACGGUGGCAAGACCCGCACGCGCGUGACCCAGUACCACUCUAUUAUCACCAACGUCACCGGCUUGCGGUGGCUCGGAGAGUUCGCGCGGAUCGUCAACAUCGUGGAGCUGGUGGGCCUGGGUGUGGCCCAGAUCAUUGCGUCUGCCUCCAACUUCUACUCCCUGGGGACAGGCCUCUCCAAGCGCGACUACACUUUCAUCUUUGGCGCCCUGGCCCUGCUGACGACGCUCAUCCCGAGCUUCAGGAACAUGCGCCUGUUCAGCCUCCUCGCGCUGAUCGGGACCACCUACACCUCCUGGUACAUGAUGGCCGAGUCCUGGAAGCACGGCCUGAACGCGGCGGCCGCCACGCAGCCGCCGCUGGGCCUGGACGCCUUCUUCCAGGGCUUCUCCAACAUCGUAUUCACGUUCGGUGGCCACUGCAUGAUCAUGGAGCUGGUUGACUCCCAGUUCCGCCCCAGCAAGUUCUCCAAGACCUUCGCCACCGCCCUGACGUACGUCACCCUGACCCUCACCCUGCCCAACGCCCUGUUCACCUUCCUGGCCUUCCCCGCGGAGGCCGCCGUCAAGGGCAACGCCUUUGCGAUCUUCCCGCCGUCUGCCGCCAAGAACGUGGGCAUCGUGCUCAUGGUGGCACACCAGCUGGUGGCCUUUGCCCUCUUCCUCCUCCCGGUCAGCAUCAUGUGGGAGAAGCUGGUCGGAACCCACUACAAGGCCCUCAGAUGGAGGCUGUCCUCGCGCAUCCCCGUUGGCCUCUUUGUGUGGUUCAUCGCCCUGAUGCUGCCCUUCUUCGGAGUCAUUAACGAUCUCCUGGGCGCAUUCGCCGUGACAUUUGAGACCUACAUCAUCCCCUGCGUGGCAUGGAGCCUCUACUACCGCACCCAGGAGAGGCGCGACAAUGCCAUCCUCAAGCCCCCCAGGUGGCUGGGCGGCUGGACCGGCGCCUUCAUCCUCAACGCCUUCAUCACCCUCAGCAUGGCGGUCGCCGGCCUCGGCUUUGGCGGGUACAGCUCUGUUGUGGGCCUGAUCGAUGCCGUCAGCAGCUUUGGCCUCUUUGCCAAGUGCUACAACUGCUAA